GUCCAUUGAUGCAAACUAACUCCAGCUGAGUUGUGCUGGCAAAGUUAGAAGAGGAGUUGCAGAGACCUGAUUCCUGAGAGUGGGGAGACGUCCCACCUCCUGUGUCCUCUAGUUGCUGCCUUUACGAUGGUUCUCGAGCUUUACCUGGACCUGAUCUCCCAGCCUUGCCGCUCAGUCUACAUCUUUGCCAAGAAAAACAACAUUCCCUUUGAGUUCAAGCAUGUGGAGCUAAUCCAAGGGCAACAGUUGGGAGAAGACUUUAGCAAAGUGAAUGUGUUGAGGAAAGUGCCUGCCUUGAAAGAUGGUGAUUUCGCCUUAGCAGAGAGCAUUGCGAUCCUUUUGUACUUGGCAAGAAAAUUCAACGCCCCAGAUCACUGGUAUCCCUCUAAUCUGCAAAAACGAGCCCGUGUGGAUGAGUUCCUUUCUUGGCAGCACACGGCCACACGGAUGUACGGCAGCAAAGUGUUCCUGGCCAAGGCCUUGGUGCCGCUCUUCCUGGGCCAGCCCCUUCCGCCCGAAAAGCUAGAAGAAGCUGUUGAGGAUCUGCAUGGGGUGCUGAACCUGUUUGAAGAGAAAUUCCUCCAAGACAGGCCCUUCAUUGCUGGCUGUGAGGUCUCCUUGGCAGACCUAGUAGCCAUUGCAGAACUCAUGCAGCCCUUAGGAGCUGGCUAUGACAUCUUUGAAGGCAGGCCCAAGCUGGCAGCAUGGCACCGCAGAGUAGAAGAAGCUAUUGGGAAGGACCUCUUUCUGAAGGCCCACGAACCACUCUUAAAUGCAAAGGAGAUGAGCACAGACCGUGUCCCACCUGAAGUGAAAGAGCAACUGAAGCAAGUCUUGCUAAAGUAUGUGAAAUGAAGUCCAAGAAUGGUGACGUCUCCCUCAAUAAAGCUGCACCAAUAAAGUUUUGGGUCUUCUCCA